UUCUCAAUGAAAUAACUGAGCUAAAUGGCUAUGUUAUGGACUUUGUUGCAUUUUGAACGAUUUUUCGCUUAGAAAUUGCCAUUUAUUUGCCACACCUCGCGUACAUGCUCCACCUACGUGUUUUAAGUUGCAAGAAAUACAAGUGAAAACUAGGAAGGCCAGUAGUUCUUGCGUUUUUCACCAUGUGUGACGGUUUCAAUCACGGCGCCCUUCAAAUCGCCGUAGCGCAAAUCUGCCAAUCAAUGGGAUGGGACGCUCUACAAAAGUCAACACACGACUUACUAACCGACGUGUUGCAAAAAUAUCUAGAAGAAAUAGCAAAGUCAGCACAUGGAUAUUGUCAGCUGUGUAAGGUUUAGUUGUAAAUUGAUGGCAUGAUUAUUGAUGAGAAGUACAAAGGGUAGUCGAGGUUCUUACACUCAAACAAAUUCUUUUACUUUCUUUGCAAAGGAAGAAAACAUAAAAGAAAACAACAUGUAUUUGCUGUACUAUGUAUUCACCUUAUCACUUUGACCAGGGACAGCAUUGUUUUUUUUAAUUCAGUGAAAACAGAAAAAAAAAUUAUUCGCAAGUAAAACAAAGUGACGCAAAAAAUAAGAAUGUUUAGAAUUGCACACACAUAGGUGGCACCAGAUAAGAAACUCCAACAACCUAAAAACUUUGCCAUGAUAAGUUUUGUCCGGCAUUGUAGUGGUGCAGACAUUAAAAAUUAUGAUUGAGUUGUUUUUGUAGUUUUCAAUAACAUGAAUAUUUUGAAUGCUUGGUCCCUGCAAAGUUUCCCUGAAAACUGCAUGUGACAGAAGAAGAAACUGGUCCCAGGGGAAAAAAAAGGAAAUUUGUCAUCAGUUUUCUAUACAAAUAAGUUUUUUUUUGUAAAAUAACAGCACAUAGACUUUUUUUUCAUCCAAUUCCUGAUAGAUUCCAGAACCGAACCUAACCUAGAUGAUCUGAACCAAGCCUUCCAGGACAUUGGUGUGUGCCUGCGUGAGUUGGAAGACUUUGUGAGCCAGGUAGACCAAGUUCCAUUUAUUCACCAGUUGCCACGGUUCCCCAAGCCUAAACCUUGUGCCCUUCAUCAUCCACGUAAUGGAGAGAUUGAAGAGAGACUGGAGCAGUACUUUGACUACUUGCCUCCUUUGGUCUCUAAGCUUCUUCAAAGUGAAGGUACACCUGCCAACUUUUUGUGAAGCCAAUGCCAGAAAGUUUGUCUGAAUUGUACUGUUAAGCUUCAUUAAUUUUCAUUGUUAAGUCCCAGUAACUUCACUGUCUUUUGUAGAGGCAGUUUUGUUUGUUUUUUUUUUCCAAUUUUGAAAUUCUCUUAAGUGGCUGAAAACAAUGCAUAGUGAGCGAGAGUUGGCAGGUUGCUGCUAUUUUUAGCAUUUUUUUUGUUGUUCUGGUCAUUUCUGAUUAUGGCAAAACCUGCAUUAUGCUGAGCUCAUCCCAAAUGAAUACCCCAUAUUGAGUGGAUAACAACAUCAGUUUCUCAUCUUUCUAAAUAAAACAAACCUCUAUUUAGCUGAAAUCUUCAAGCAGUCUCAAGCACAAGUCCUGUGUUUCCCUGUAUUUGUGCCUUGAUGAUGUCAUUUUAUGAAUGUUUCUUUUACCUUUUCCACAGAUGAAGAAAAAGCAGCAACAGAAGAUACAGACACAACUGAUGCUGGAAAAGAAGGAGAGGCUCCAGGGGGAUUUGUGAGGAAUGAAAUAAAGACAGUUGCGGAGGAAACUUCUAAUGUUCCUGUGGCUGUAAAAAGACCCCUUGAUAAUCCCCCAGGCUUAGAGAAUGAAGCAAAGAAACGAAGACUUGAUCUGCCUUUUAUGCAAAAAGGAAAUAGAGGAAAUGAAAUGGAUAUUCUGGAGGCAUUACAAGGCAAUUUAUCGUCACCAUCACCCACCCCUUCACCUGACGUUUGGAGCACAACUAAAACAUUUGACAUCCCCUCAACCUCUGGUUCAUCUCACAUUAAAGCUGCCCAUACUACUGAAAAACCAGGGCCUUCAAACUUAACAACAGAUAAGCCAAAGGUGGAAAAGAAAAAAGCUGUCCAGGACAAGAAACCACCAGGAAAACCAGCAGAAGCUAAACCUAAGUCAAGUCCAAAAAAGAAAGUUAAGGUUCCUAAAAAUGCAACGAGCUCUGUUAAAAAGUCUGCAUCACCUACGGUGCCUACACCCAGGCAACCACAAAAGGAAAAAUCCCCAUCCCUUGUUAAGUCACCUUUAUCAGGUAAAAAGCCAUCUACUCCAGAGACAAAGGCAAAAGCAAAAACUAAACCAGUAAAAGAGAAUAAAGACAAAAAACCAUCUGUUAAAGCAAAGAAGCCUACCCUUAAAACUCCUCCUUUAAACACUGAGCCUGUAUUGUCUAAAGAAAAUAUUCAAAACAAGGAAAGCAUGCCGAAGUUAAUCAUUAAACCCUUGAAACAGGAAGUCAAUAAAGAACCACAGUUUACUGUUUCAGAAUUCCUACCUACAGAUAACAUAAGCCAACAAGAAAAACCUAAACAGAAGAAACCCAAAAAUAAUAACAGUACCUCCAAAAAGCAAAAACCUAAAGCAGAUAAGAAAGGAACAAUUCCGUCAAUCAAAGUGGAAGCUAAAGAAUUAAGUAUUCCUUCUACCAGUGAAGAAGUUAAAUUUUCUACUGGAGAAUUUGCAGUUAUGCCUGCCCCUGUGGAAAGCAAUUUGUCAGGUGAACUUCCAAUGGAUAUGGCAGUAGAACAUAAGAAGAAAAAGAAAAAGCGAAAAGAAAAGGACAAAGAUAAGGAAAAGAAAAAAGAUAAAAGCAAAAAGGUAAAGUGUAGAAUGAAAAAAAAAGCAAUAGUCUCUGGUUGAAAAAAAUAUGUGGAGAAACUUGUCAAAAUUUGGUCCCAAUCAGAGAAUGACUUGUGAUUUGAAUGCAGUGAAAGUACAUUGUAUUUAUCACUCAAUAUUACUCUUGACCAUUUCAGUUGAAGACAGACCAUGGAGAUCUAUCCCAGGCUCCUCUUGUACCUCGUAUCACAGUUAAAUUAGAGCCUCCAUCCCACUCAGCCUCAUCCACCGUAACAAGCAAAUUAGAACCAGCUGCACCCGUGUAAGUACUUACAUGUACACAUGUUAAAGGUUAGGACACACCAGGCAACAUGUGGCCACAACAUGUCUUCUUUUGUUCAGGGAGGGCAACAACUUGGCCACCCAUUGCAGUGACAAAUCACUUUGUGAGCACUGGAGAAUUUUUUUGAAAAUCUUUGUCAGCAUGAUAGAAUCUUGUCAUUGCAACAAGUCCCACAAAUUCAUUCUGAUUUGAUGUUGCAACGAAAUUCCCCCAAAAAAUUCUCUAACCCACACAAAGUGAUUUGUCACUUUUUAAAAACUUUAAAUAAUUUUAAAGGUGAAUAAUAAUAUAUAUAAUAUAUUUUAAAUCAUCAGAGCCCGAUAAAAGUUUAAAUUUAAAUCAUCAGAGUUGCCUGAUGAUUGCUUCGAAAGAAGCAUGAAACUCGGAGUAGCAAAUAAAAUGACUCAGUCUACUGAUAUAAACAUGUUUACAGCUCUGGUUUUUCCAUUGAGCACUUUUAUAGCUGAUAAAGCCUAUAUCCUUACCACUGGUAGUUAUAAUAUAUUCAAUAUAUUAUUUUAGAAAUAUUUCAGAGCUCUGUUUUAACAGCAAAUGGUCUCUUGUGACUUUUGCCUUUGGGCUACAAGGAAAUCUCUAGUUUCUGUACAAUAUUCAAGUGCAGUUGGGUUUAUGUCUACUGUAGGUCAGUGUUUCUUAAUAGUAAUAGGUUUGAGGGGAGUCCUAUUCACUCUGUAAUCAUACACGUGAUUAACAAAGUCAGUGGUUAUCUUACUUGUUUAAUCACAAGUAUAAUGAUAAAUCAAAGACCGAAUUGGACUACAUGAAGGUCUGUUACUUUUAUUUAUCUCAACAGCUUACUAUAACAAAAUUUGUGACAAUUUAACCUUUUUUCAAAUUCAAACAUGAGAUCUUCCAAGAGGUUUUUGCCAGUCCAGUAAAAUUAGCAAUAACCACCUUUCACGCCACCAGUGUCUGUACUUGAAAUUUCCUUAUUGGACUUGAGACAUUGGUAUUGUGUACUUUUUACAGGUCACUUGGAACAGCAAGUAGUCAAGUGACGGGCAAUGUAGGUCCAGUGUCUCCAAAGGUGUCAGUGAAACAAGAAUCUAGUGUCAGUUCUGCUAUACCCAAACUGACAAUAAAAAGUGAUCCACUGGAAAGAACAGUUGUGUCUCAGACUGUAUCAACAACUGUUGUACAUGUAUGUGAAUUCUUUGCUUUUAGAUGCUAGUCCUACAACUUAUUGCACCCAAUGGGGAGCAGUAAUUACUGUUCCCCUGCAGAGAGAAAUGUCCUGAAAAAAACCCACAUGGUCAGCUUUAGUGCCAUAACAAGUUCAGUGACAGAGAAUUACACAUUCUUCCUUCAAGCGCAAUUAUUACUAUGUUUGACUGGUACCCAAAAAACUCAAUAAAAAAAACAUUACUGUAAUUACGCUUUGAACUAGCAUUAAGCUACCAUCAGCAAUUUGUGCUACAUUGUCACUGUGGCCAAAAAUUUAUGUAUAGUCUAGUUCCUAUGUUUGUUGGGUUUGGAAGCCUACCUCCCAUUUGUUCAUGAAGUAUCCCUAACAGUUCCAUAAUAAAAUUGCAGAAAGGCAAUAGGCAUGCAAGCUACCUACACAUAUUCUGAAUCUAUCAUGCCCUUCCAACAACGGAGACUGUGAAGAGGUCUGGCAUUGCUUAGGUUGCACAGUAUUAAACAUAGUUUCUAUUUUGCAUUGACACAGUCUUUUUGUAUUAUGUUUGAUUUAGGGGUAUGGAAGGGAGUACUAUUGUCCUGUGUGUAGUGAUCCUGAUGAUGGCAGUUUUAUGAUUGGCUGUGAUGGCUGUGAUGAAUGGUUUCAUGGGUGAGUGUGAAGAAUUUAAAAUAGCCUGAAACAUCAGGGUUGUCAUUAAGGGUCAGGGACCUGGGAUUUCCUCUGGCUACCAUGAAUGUGCCCUCUGGCUACUUCUACAGGACAAAGAGAAGUAAAAUAGAACCAAAAUAAAUUCCUAACUGAUUGAUUCCUGCCUACUUGUUGCAUUUACCCAGCAACUUGAAAUCUUAGUGACAGGCUCCCUAAACAUUUUAAGGUUGCCCUUGAGAUCUGAACCCCAAUAUGAGCAGGAAGUACUACUUAACAACAUUAUCAGAUUCAAUUUAGGGACUGCAUGUGUCAACAUAAAAUUACGAAAAUGAGGCCUAUUUGUUCUUCAUAAAAUAUUAUUAAAUAAUGUUCAUCAUUUUCACUGUCUAGUUGUUAGUUGAUUGCAAUUUAUGUAAUUUUUAUAAUCUCAAAAAUUACUUUACUCACCUGAAUACCCUAUCUGUAAUGCAUGGAGUUCCUGACCCAGUGUCACCAGUAACUCAAAUCUUAACAUAUGAACUUUGGUUGUUCACAAGCACAAGUCAGAUCAUCUUUAAAUAAGUCUUUAUAUCAGAAUGUAUUCUGCAGAGGCUGGUUGCUUCCAAAAAAGUGAGUUUCACCUUGGUAUGGCUAAAAUUCAAGUUGAGCUGGUGACCUGUUUAGAUAAAAAAAAAGGCUGUAAUUUUUUUUCAAUAUUUUAUUGUUGUCGAGUAGUCUUUUUCAAAGGGCUGCUACUUUUGAGGGUUAAUAGAAACAAAGGUAAAUAUUUUAAUAUUUAUUAUUUUAACAUUAAAAUUUUACAGUUACUUUGGGAAUUCUACCUUAUAUUGACCAUAUAUUAUUGUUGUGGUGUUUUCUUACAGGAGAUGCGUUGGGAUAGAGGAGGAUCCUGAACCGGGAACUGAUUGGUUCUGUUCUUCUUGCCUUGAUAGAAAAGGCAAGGAUAGUAAAGACAAACAAAAGAAAAAGAAAAAGAAGAAGAACAAGGAGAAAGAAAAAUAACUUGGAAAAAUGAGUAGAGGAAAAUCGAAAUUUUGUGUACAGAUGCCUUGUUAGAAGAAUAUGAGCGGAACUCCUUUGAUGCUAUUGCACUUCUGUGAUCUCUGAAAGUAACACUGCAUCCUGUAAAUUAUAGCCCUUAUGUGUGUUUGACACAGCAGAAUAGAUCAUUUCACCCCAAGCCUUGCUUUCAAAUGUUCGAUUUGUAAAAGCUGUGACAGUCUCAGAACCUAUCUGUAAAGAAUUCUCGUGUUUACUAUGAAUUUCUCUUUCAUGACCCUUGAAGGUGAAUUUUGAAAUUGAUGCAACACAUAUGAGGCCUUGUUUAUUUUUUGCUUAUAGUAAACCAGACAACUUAGCACAAAUAUUUUGUUUGAUAAUUGAAGUGACAUGUCUUUUAAAAAACCUCCGUGGUCUAAAAACAGACAAGUUCUCCCAUGCUAGGUUUUUUAAUCAUUAGAAGGUAGGUCAUUUUAUCGAAAAAUCGUCCAUCAAGGAAAGAAGGUAGUGAUAGUUUGAACUAUUGGGUAUUUUGUUUUAUUUUAAUAAUUUUUUAAGGAUGGGGAC